AAUCGAUUUCUGUUUCAUACUGUAAUCACCCCCAAAUACAAACCUUAACCAAAUCAAAUCCCUGGUGGGCUUAUUCCAAGAUCAGCAUCUGAUCAUCAUGUUUUCUUUUCUGCAAAGUGAUGAUCUGGUGUUCCAUGAAGUUGGUCAACAAGAUCUUCCUGUGGAUCUUCAAGAUCAUGUUACCAUGGAGAGGAAUAUAAACUAUCCCGCCAUUAAGACGAGAAAAAGACCCGGAGAUCUGUCGACAUCUAAGCCUAAUCCGGUUCAUGCCGAUAGGGUUGGAGAUGGUAAAGAUGAUGCACAGAGAAAGUUGAUUCACAAAGAACUGGAAAGGCAGCGAAGGAAAGACAUGGCUAAGCUUUGUUCUUCACUUAGAAGUCUACUUCCUCUUGAGUUCAUCAAGGGAAAACGUUCAACAUCAGAUCACAUGCACCAGGCAGUGAACUAUAUCAAACACAUGCAGGAAAAUAUCAAAGUUCAAGGUGCCCAAAGAGAUCAGCUGAUCAAAAAGUUUGCAGGCAUGAGUGCUCGUCAUCUCGGGUCGAUGAACACGAAUGAAAGCUUAACUAAUCUGCUCCCUAAUACGGUCUCCGUAAACCCUUGUAAUGGUGGAAUUGAGAUCUUAAUCAAUAGCUGUUCAAUUCAAGAUGGGUUCUCUCUUUCAGGAGUACUCAAAGCACUUGUUGAAGAAGGUCUUAACAUAAUAAGCUGCACUUCGACUAAAGUAAGCGAACGAUUAUUUCACACCAUCCAAUCCGAGGUGAACAAUGAACCCGCAUGGACCGAUCCCUCCGCGUUGCAACAAAGGUUAACAGCCAUUGCCAAUAACCAUUUGAAUGUCGAUUAAAAGCCCGAAAACCUCAUUAGAUAAGCUGUUAGCAAUUAAUGAGAGCUUGCUCAUAGUAAAGAUGUUGCAACCUGCAGCCAUACUGAUCAUUUAUUUCUAUAUCUUUCGAUGUUUUGAUCUGUUCGAACAAAAAUCUUGUCGAUCGGUUCCAUCGUAACGUAUGCAUGUAUGCUUGUUUUUUGUAAAUAUUCAGAAUAGUUCUA